CUUCCUGUCGCUGUUAGGGCGGGCCGUGUGACGCAGUUCCUGUUCCUCCUUGCCGUAGCGGUGUUGGUGGUGCUGCGGGCCGCCCGCUGCCUCCACUCCGGCCUGUGCUGCGCUGCGCUUCUACCGCAGCAUAAUGUCUGGAACUGAUGAUUUUUCGUUGGCAGAUGCUUUACCCGAUCAGUCUCCUGCUAAAACCUCCAAAGUGAGCAGUGCCAAACCCGGCCAGCAGCCCUCCCAGCCGCCGCAGGGUUGGCCGCCAUCGAAUCCUUGGAACAACCCGAGCGCUCCCCCUGCUGGGCCCACAGCGCUGCCGCCAAACACGUCUGCUUCCAACGUGCCCUUCGGCCCCCCGCCUACAGGAAUGUAUCCUUCAAUGCCCCCUGGACCGCCUGCUCCAUUUCCUCCUCCUCCUACCGGACCCUCUUGCCCUCCUCCCGGAGGUCCAUAUCCACCCCCAGCAGUGCCAGGUCCCGUCCCACCGGGGCAGUAUCCUCCGCCAAACAUGCCCUUUCCAGAGCUUCCAAGACCUUAUGGCGGUCCGACGGAGCCAGCUGCGCCUCCCGCUCCCGUUGGGCCGUGGGGAUCCAUGCCCUCUGGAGCAUGGGGACCGACAAUGGGAGGGCAGUAUCCUGCACCCAGCAUGCCAUAUCCACCCCCGGGGCCAUACUCUGCUCCCACCCAGACUCCAGGGGCAGCGCCAACAGUACCAUGGGGUACAGUCCCACCUGGAACGUGGGGACCUUCACCGCCAGGUCCGUUUCCUCCACCCACAGGAUCGUACCCGGCUCCAGGACUGUAUCCUACGCCCCCUAAUCCUUUUCAAGUGCCAUCUGGUCCUGCUGGUGCUCCAUCAAUGCCAGGUGGUCCCCAUCCUUACCGUUGAAUACGUUCUGGGCAACAAAGUACUGUAGCUUUCCACCUUCAUCCACUACUUACAGAGAUUUUUACAGUUUUUGUUUCAGUAAUGUUUGGGGCUAUGAAGAAUACUUGCCUCUUGUAUGUGCAUUUGAGGUAUGAAGGAGCAGUUUAGCAAUUUGCAUAACAUUAACUUGCUCGUAUGCUGGUGUAAUUGUUUGGUUUAAUAUAAACGAGCUACGAAGAGCAGAAGAGAAGCUGAAAUCUGUGGUUCUUACUCUGGCAAACAUCCCUUGGGGGGAAGGAGAGCUGCCAAGUGAGGAUUCCAAAGAGUCGGGCACGAGGACUCGCGAGUCAAAAAGCAGCUGAAAUAUCCACGAAUGCUUUUAAGUCUUGUUGCCAGACUGAUGCUGGCUGCUGAUGGAUGGCUGGUCACACCUUGUCUGUUUGCAGGUUAUUCUAAACAAUGUCCAAUAAAAGAAUAUUACGAGAUUUUUGUCAAGAAAUGUCAUUUUGGAACGUGCUGCACUAAUGGGCGACGGAAGAGACGGAGCGCGUGAACUCGGAUGGCUUCCUCAGCAUUUUGUAUAUACCCACCAGGAUUGUUCAUUCCAGGACUGAGGAGGAGAAGACGUGCUUGGAAAUGCUUGCUCUCAGGUCAGCACCCUGCUGGCUUUUGCAGACAGGUAUUUCUGUGCACGCAGAGUGACCUGGAUGUGCAGCUCCCUUUGAAUCAAGCAGUGUGAGUUUCGUGCAUGCCAAUGAGGACUUUCGUUUUGCCUGGUUCUCGUUCUGUGCUGGUUGGAGGUUUGACUUGGUCUGUGUAAAGAUUUCAUUCCCACGUAGGUGAAGUACUUCCCUGUAUUCUAACCUGACUUCUGGUUGUUUCAAAUCUGACUGCUCUGCCGGGUUGUGUAAACUCAGCAGGUGUUGUCAGAGUCCAUAGAAACUGAACUCGAGCUUCAAAGCUGAACAAAAGCAGCCCGGUCCAUUCCAUUCCCAGCAGGUUUUGGUGGGGCCUCGCAGAUCCCCUGUGCCAUCCUUACUGCCACAGCUGGGGGCGAGCACGUCUCUUUGGGGCUCCACUGAACAUGGGAAUGGAGAGCAGCGCUCUGUGCCCAGCCGGCUGCCUGCAUACCUCACUGAGAAAGCAAAGCUGGGGAGGAACUGAAUGUUUCGAAGCCUGUGUGCUGCUGUGUGGCUGUCCCUGCUCUGGGGGGGCACUGCAGUGUUAUAUUCUUGCCAUAUCUGUGCUGGGGUGUCUGCUGGUGUAACGUUACUGAGGCACGGCCACGUGUUGGUGAGGAGCUCUGGUGGUGCUUCAUAGCCUGGAUUUCACCAUGGACAUUUUGUUUGUCCCCAGAUGGGGGUAUCCUGACAUAGCCUCUGUAGGUAGAAUUAGGAACCGAUGUUGCUUAACAUGGUAGCUCGUUAGGGAGUCUUUGUAUCGUGGAACUGUGAAAGCAAGUUCAUUUGCUUCCCAUACCUUCCCAUGGCUUCCUGCAUGCGUACGAUGAACUUCCUCAGAACAAGUGGGGUGACCUGCUGGUGGUGCCUGUUGGCUGGCCCAGCCCUCAUGGCAAAGCUUUGCAGAAUGGGAGCUGUGGCUCCUUUUAAUCUACCCCAAAAGCCAAAGGUACAUGCAUCUUUUAUCUUCUAAGGAUGGGAAGACAGUACUGGACCUGAAGAGAAAUGCUUGGGUAUAAAAGCCAGCUCCAACCCGAGGAAUCGGAACCCAAAGUGUCAGUAUUAAACAAACCCCUGGGCCUCCCCAGCAGCACGCUGCGCUUCGAUCUCGGCAAGACCAAUUAAACACAGUAGAACACUGCCUACGUCUGCUCAAGUGCUUUUAAUUUCAGUACCUGCAGCCUUAGGUUAUAAAGCAAUGUGAUGAACAACAGCUGCCCCACGGGAGCCGCUCGGGCAGCACGCUCUGGUUUCACACUGCACCCAUGUGUCCUUGGGGGGAGCAAGAAGAGGUAGGAAAGGAGAGAGCAGCAAACAAGGAGUGACUCAGGAGGGGAUUUGUGCUGGUAACCGGGUGUGCAGCUUCUUCCUGAAGUAGGCAGGGUUUAUUACUGGAACAUUUAGGCUCAAAUUCACUAUAUAUGGGAUGUUUUAGGUUUGUUUUUUUUCCCCCCUCCAAUGUAUAUUCGUAUUUCUUGAGGUUACGAGAACUGUUUCAUAAGCCCUUUGUUUUUGUGAGCCAAGUUCUUUGCCUAGCAGUGGAAAAAAAAGGGUAUUCCUGUUCAAUCUAUGGUGUAAAAACUCGAGCUGUCACUAUAUGCCGUGUAGUAACUUUAUCCCACGUUCUGUCGAGUGAGUGUGAGCAACUUCUGGCCUGGCGCUUUUUGCAAUGGAGUUCCACCAUUUCUAUGCAUCCUUUGAGUUCGAUCGCUGAGAAGUCAGUUCUGUGCUUUGAGGUUCGCCAUCCCGCCUUGGUUUCCGACAUGAAAUAGAAGCAAUCAAUCAAUCACAUUUCGGAGUAGAGAUUUCUCACCUGCUGCUGUAUUUCCUUUAGCCGGGCUCUCGCUGUCCGAUCAAUCCAGGAUUUGAUAUAUUUUGGAGAUGCUGUCACUUUUGUAUCAGAUUAGACAUUAAACGUAUUUUCAAGACUGUUGUGUUCACUGUUCUUCACUCACAGCCUUGGAUGUGCUUGUGUAGCUCUCUCUCUUUCUUUCUCUUUCUCUCUUGCCUUGAAUUAAACAGUAAAGAAACAGGACAUCCUUGGUUUGCAACGACUGAAUAUAAACUCACAAUUAUUUGA